AUGUGUAGGAACCGACGUGUACCAGCUCAUCCCAACGUAUAUCGCUGGAUAGAAGAAAUUCGCAACGAAGAAGAUUUCGCGCGGUGCCGUGAUAUAUUAGAAUCCGACACUGGCUUACCGUCUAAAAAGCGCCGGAAAGAAAAUGAAGAGAACGAUUUCGCCUUAUGUUUGGCAAAAACAGCUUUAACCAUUGAAGUAAUUGAUAUAAAUGAAUAUCUAGAACACAUUAAUAUUCUACCACAACUUACCAUCGAACUGAUAGAUGUAAUUAAUAGUGACCCACAACUUAAUUAUCCAAGCCUAUCUGAACAUAUUAUACAUUAUAUUGAGUCAACAUUUUCCUUAUUAUUUUCCGUAGAGGAUAACACAGUCUUAAAUAGUCAAUGUAAAGCAUCAAUCCAAUUAAUGAAAUUAUAUGCGAAACGUCGAUCGAAAAAGCACAAACUUACAUCAAAAUUAUACACUAAAACAACAUUUCUAUUAAAAACACACGAUUUAACUUCCAUCAUACAAACAACAGUACCCAAAUUGCUAGUACCACCAUUUUCAACAAUUAUCCGUAUACCACCAACCGAGGUCGGUGAAAAAUUAAAAUUACUCGUUUUACUUGUGAGUAGUCCUCAAUUUAGUUCACGUACACAACAAAUUGCUUCUAAAUUAUUACCAAUUGGCUUAUCCAAGAUGGAAGAUGAAACUAUGAUAAUACAGGCAUGCGAUUAUAAAAUGUUAUUAAUUUUAUUUGGACUCAAUGCCGUUAGUGGUACACAUUUUUGUCCAUGGUGUAAAGUUAAUCGGUCAACCAUUAAGGAAUUAGGAAGAUUUUCUGGAUACGAUACUAAACGUGGCGCACGAUCUAUGGCAGAAGUUGAUAACGAGAUGAAAAAGUCAGAAAAGAAACGACAAUAUGGUUGUAAAAGAUAUUCAAUAUUUGGUGAUCGAUUCAGUUUUCAAGAUGCACGACCUGAUUUAUUUCAUUUUGAGCAUCGAAUACAUGACAUAUUUAUGAAACAAUUAAUUAAUGAAUCUUACGAUAUGGAUAACAUCAAAGAAGUCGAACAAAUUUUACAUGAGUUACAUUCGAUAUCAAAGGUUUUACUGGCUAUAGCUAAACCCAAUAUUAAUUUAUAUUACGAUGGUGUUAAGUUUGAAAUGAAAAAUGGAAAUCUUGAAGUAAAAGGAAGAUGCACGAAUGGAAUGGAGCGGAAUUUUUUUAGGGAUAUCCCAUUAUCGCGGGUACUUUAUAACAAACCACAACAAACCUUAGAUAUUAUGCAAUUAAUACAAAAUUUUUACCAGUUAUUAAGCUUAUAUUCGGAACGUAAUUCAAAUCAAGAUUAUUUUGUACAUUUAAAACAAGCAUCAAUUAUGAGGGUUAAACAAUUCGCUCGUAUAUUUGGUUAUUCGUACGUUACACCUUAUGUGCAUGUAUUAUGUGAUCAUAUGUCAGAAUUUCAAGAAAAAGACGAAGACGACGAACUGUCGUGUUUUAAUUUACAAGGAGCAGAAAAAUACAACGAUUUAAGUACAGCAGACUAUUUUCGAUCUACAAAUAAACAUCAUAACUCAUUAGAACAAAUGAUUAAAAAAAGCGAUUUCAACAAUACUAUGUUUUAUUGGACUCAAAUCAAACCCGAGCUUUAUUUAACAACAUUAAUUCUAAUUUUUCUAAUAAUUUAUUCAACGAUAUGA